UUCGCACCGGGAAGGAAAUUCAGCCACUCGAACUCAUUCAAAACAGAGCAUGAAAACGUCCGCGGUACACAACAGAUUGACACACAGAGUGGUCCUAUACUUUCAGACGUACACAACAGAUUGACACACAGAGUGGUCCUAUACUUUCAGACGUACACAGAGAGAAGAUUGUUGAUACACGUCAAUAUGCCAAAAACCUUGCUACUGUUGCAGCGGAUUAACACUGUCUAAACAGUGUGAAAAUAGCCACAAAUUCAUACGCACGGGAACUGCUAAUCUGGUCGAUUUCACAGGUACGAUUCAAGGAAGAGGAGUCUACCAGAUGAAGUAGCGACAGGAAAAUGUGGAAAAAGCGGAAAUUAAAAAUCUUAAGCUUGCUUAUCACUUUUGGCUUAAUAAUAACGUUUUUGAUUCAAAACAAUGUUGUUCUUGAUAACCGCUUAAUCCGAUCACCAUAUCUGCUUAGGAAUUUGUCUACGUCGAAUGAAUUUCCGUCAGUGCACGUGAUUAAAAACAGUCUCAAUGGACCGCAGCGACAGGUAUUGAAUGUAGAAUGUGCUAAAAUAAUAGAAGGAGAUCAAUCUGAAAUAAAUAAAGCAAAACAGAUAAGUGUUGCAGAUGUAAAGAAUAUAACUUUAGCUGAAAAUUUGUAUAUAGAAUUGACAAAAGAUUGUGCCAAAUUUAAACGUGACAGACGUUAUAUGGGCAUCGAAACUGUUUCAUACGAGGAAAGGAAUUUCCCAGUCGCUUACAGUAUUCUCCUUUACAAGGACGUGGGACAGGCAGAACGAUUGUUACGAGCUAUUUAUAGACCCCAUAAUAUAUACUGUUUACACGUAGAUUUAAGUGCCAAACAUGUAGUUCAUGAAGCUGUCAGGUCAAUAGUGAAAUGUUUUGACAACAUCUUCAUCACUUCAAAACUAGAGGACGUGCUAUAUGAAGGAAUGUCGAGACUCAGGGCGGACCUGAACUGUAUGCGCGACUUACUAGCAGCAAAAGUAAAAUGGAAAUAUUUCAUAAAUUUACCAAGUCAACAGUUUCCUUUAAAAACAAAUAGAGAACUGGUGAAAAUACUCCGCUUAUAUAAUGGUGCUAAUGAUAUCGAAGGUAUUACGGAACCCGGUCGAAUGAUGAGUGCAAGGUAUAAAACAAAGUUUGUUGUGAUCGGCAAAAAACUUCAUAACACGGGCAAGAAGAAGGAGGACCCACCACACAACAUUUCUGUAGUAAAGGGAAGUGCGUAUGGAAUAUUCAGUAGGAAGUUUGUCGAUUUCAUAUUAAACAACCAAACAUCGAAAGACUUGUUGGUCUGGUUGGAGGAGGUGAAGAGCCCGGAUGAAUAUUAUUGGGCGACCCUUCACCACGAUCAGAAUGUCCGAGCCCCUGGUGGCUACACGGGAGUUCCAGACAAGAAGCCCUGGCUGGCUACCUACGCUAUCUGGGGUGGUGUGAGUGUUUGUCGCGGAAGGUUCGUGAGGGGCGUAUGUGUGUACGGGGCUGGAGAUCUUCAAGAACUUGUUUCGCGCAAGGAAAUAUUUGCCAAUAAGUUUUAUUACGACUACCAACCCAUGGCACUCGCCUGUAUGGAAGAGUGGCUUCGAAAUAAAACUUACUCCGGCCUACCGUUCGAGACGUAUUUCUAUCAAAACCUACCGUUUCUUGGACGUGAUGAAAAGACAUAACAGUUUGAACAGGAGCUUUUUAAUACAUUUUACUACAUAUUCCAUACCUGUGGUGGUGCUUUUUUAAGGUCUCAGUUUGGACAAAAUAGCAUUUUAUUCACAAUCCAUGCUAUCGUCAUUCGUUUAAAUAUCAUAUCAGUUUCAGUAUAAUUGCAUUUCAUUUAGAUUCUUGUUAGUGUGUUCAUCGGCAACCAUUUCAAGACAAAUUAACACUUUUACUUCACUUGUUGUUUAUAUUGUGACUUUAGCGAAAACGUGGGAAUCUGUAGAAAUUAACAUUAAAAUAUUACGGACAUCGAAUACACAUCGAUUUCUAAAAUAGCAUUUGUUAAAUAUUAAACAUAAUGAAACACA